GCAGUAGGCCAAUAUGGCCCUGGAAUGAAGCCCCCCACCUAUCAUGUGGUAAGAGUUCCUUGUUUAAAAAAAGAGGUGAAAAAGACAAACAAAAUUGUAGAAGAUCAUAAGUCAAUAGAAAACAUAUGGUUGUUCCAUUAUGAUGGAUAAAUGGACAGCAAGGAAUGGAAAAAUGAUCAUCAAUGUUUUGGUGAAUUCUCCAAAAGGGAGUGUGUUCAUUGAAUCUCAUGAUGCUAGUGACACUUCUACUAAUUCUAAUAAGAUAUUUAACUUGUUUGAGAAGACUAUCUUGAAAAUAGACAAGAAAAAUGUGGUACAAGUUAUGACUGAUAAUGCAAGUGAGAACAAAAAAGCGGGUGACAUGUUGAAGGGAGUGUUCCCGCAUAUUUUCUGGACUCCUUGUGCUGCUCACUGUAUCAACUUGAUGUUUGGUGAUAUUUUCAAAGAAGCCCCGUAUUCUACAGUUCUUGGUAAGGCUGUUAAGAUACAUUCUUAUAUCAGUCAAAGGGCACUGUUAUUGAAUAUGAUGAGGUGAUACAAAAAGCAAAGAAACUUGGUAAAACCUACUAAGACAAGAUUCGCA